AUGAAAACUGCAUCACAAAGAUUAGCAUCAAUAACAAUAUUUCAUACUGGGAAGGUGAAUGUGUAUGAUGAUAUCCCAGCUGAUAAGGCACGUGCCUUAUUGCAGCUUGCUGCAAGCCCUCUUCAGUUUCCUCAUGAAGAUCCAGUUGAUGGAAACAUGUUGCAACAACCUCCAAACAUCAAUCUGCCAAUCUUGCAAAUAGUGAAAUCGACUGAUAACUAUCGAUUGAACAAAGAGGAAAGCAACAUAUCGCGUGAAGAAAUCUCUGGGCUUAGAAAUGGCAUGCUACUUAGGUUUGAAAGACCUUCUGUCUCUACAAACUCACCUAUGCGUUCUUCGAUGAUGACAAAAGACGAAUAUACCCAUGUUUGUCUUCAGCUGAUUUCAAUCCGACGUAUUGGAAUCACACCUGCUUUCUUGGUUCCAUUGAAUGAUCUCCCUGAUGCUGACAUCAUCGCCCUCAGUGACAGACCUUGUCUCCAUUUGUUGGAAAUGGUGCAUAGAAAGAGGCUGAAUGUGCAGAAAUUUCACCUUGGAGGGACACCAAGGAAGGUUUUAUAUCAUUCUGAAAGCAAAUUGUUGUUGGUUUUGAGGACAUAUUUGAGUGAUGAUUCGUGGUCAUCUAAUAUCUAUUGUGUGGAUCCGUUGAGUGGUUUGAUUUCAUCAUCUUUUAAACUUGAGCCUGGAGAAACAGGGAAGUGUAUGGAGUUGUUGAAAGCUGGAAGUGAACAGGUAUUGGUGGUGGGCACUAGUCUCUCCACUGGUCCUGCCAUAAUGCCAACUGGUGAAGUUGAAAGACCGAAGCAUGAAAUUUAA